GUUUCUGAUUGAUGAUUACUGUCACCCAUGAUCCCAUCUGCUGCCCCUCUUGGCCUCAUUUCUCCUCCAAUCUAUCUGCGUCUUCGUCUUAAAGAUUAUCGCCUCCCCCACCUGCUCUUUUUCUGGCUGUCUGACCGUUUCUCACCCUCUUGUCUCUCAUCAUCCUUUCUCUCCACUCUUUCACGUCUGCUCAUCUGUCUUAAGUGGUUCUUGACCGAUAUAAAAGCAAUUACUGUGAACCUCUCCACUCAACUAUCGAACUCUCCCCUUACUCCGUACUUUUUCGCCGAUCUGGGAUAUCGUUCCGAGAUUCCGCUUUUCGACGCCUCAAGUUCCCAACAAUAACAACAGCGAGGCAAUUCAUCACUCAGACACCAACAAAUCACAAGACUAUGCGGGUUUGAGCUGCAGAUAUUAAAGGUGGUGGAAGAAUCUGGGCUUGAAUUGUCUAUUGAUCCACAAUGGCCUGCGCAACGCAAUCUGUGACCCUCGAGUCGUAUCCAGAUGCUACCUCAACAUCUUUUGCGCCAACUCCCAGUGAGGAAACCAAUCUUUUGCGCGAUCGACGGCGUAGGCACUCGUUCCAUACGGCUCGGCGGCUGUCUUGUGACUACGAUGGCGACGCUAUUUUCCUGAGGGUUGAGCUCUUCCUAACGGAAUUAGAGAGACGCAUGCAUUGGAUCGAACAGUAUCGAAAGUCGCACAUGGUUCAGAUCGACUCGAGCCUUCGCAGAGCGUAUGCAACACUUGAAGCCGUGAGAGACUCAUGCUCCUACGCCUCCGGGGAGCUUAUGGGAGGUGGAAAGAAAAGAGCCAAGAUCUUGGUUGAAACCCUCGAGGAUCGCUACAACGAUGCGCUGGCUACGAAGGAGACGCUGGAGCAAAAGGCUCAAGCCGGAGUACGCCUGAUGGAGUCCUUCCUGGUAGAGCUGGAAUCUCGAGCCCAUGCGGUUCGCGAUCGCGGUAUCUAUGGCGCUCUGGACGAUGGAUGGAAGGCGGUCGACUCGAAGUUGGUGCACGCUCGUGAGGUGGUCGACGAGGGGAUAGAACAAGCGCGACGAGCCAAGGAUUCGCUACGCGAGAGCAUUAAUCGUGCCAUUUUACUAGCUCAAGAGCAGCGGUUGAUCACCUACGCUGACCUUCCUCAGCCGUGGCGAAUCAAUCCCCAUAUCUUGCAGGGAUAUCGCUUUUCAUCAUCGAAGGUGGAAUGUCUCAAGUCAGUCUUCAGCUUCUGCAACGAAACGGUCAAUAUCUGGUCGCACCUCAUCGGUCUCUUCAUUGUCCUCUCGGUCGCCUUCUACUUUUACCCUCUCAAUCCUAAUUUCCACCUGAGCACCAAGACCGAUGUGGCGAUUGCUGCUGUAUUUUUCUUUGCUGCGUGCAAGUGUCUGGUCUGCAGUACCCUGUGGCACACCAUGAACAGCAUUGCUAACCAGCCUCUGAUGGAGAAAUUUGCAUGUGUCGAUUACACAGGGAUCUCGCUUCUGGUGGCUGCCUCUAUUGUGACGAUCGAGUACACGGCUUUCUACUGCGAGCCCGUUUCUCGCUGGACAUAUAUUCUGCUGACCAUGUCGCUCGGAAUCGGCGGUGUCAUUCUGCCCUGGCAUCCCACGUUUAAUCGCAAUGACUUGGCUUGGGCUCGUGUGGCAUUCUAUGUGACACUUGCGCUUACAGGAUUUGCGCCCUUGUUCCAGCUCACUUAUACCCGUGGAUUCGCCUGGUGUCUUUAUUUCUAUGCUCCCGUCAUGAAGAGUAUCCUGGUCUACUUUGCCGGAGCCUGUAUCUACGCCUCUCAGGUUCCUGAGCGGUGGCGUCCUGGACUUUUCGACUACUUCGGUGGCAGCCACAACAUCUGGCAUCUGGCUGUGCUCGGUGGUAUUCUGUUCCACUACUGCGCCAUGCAGGAUUUGUUCGCUAAUGCCUUCGUUCGAGCUAAGGGAGAAUGUCCCAGCUUGACGGCAUGAAUGGCUUCUGAACAAAUAAUUCAGCGCUCAGCGCACGAUCGGCUACGAAUGAGAUUCUACGACAUUUUCUGAUUGCCAUACACAAAAGCAUUUAGACAUUGAGCCCAAGGACUUACGGUCACGUAUCGGUCAGCGGUUGACUCAGUCCCCUGCAAGUCCUUGUUAUAGACUUCUUCAAGCACUGAUUUUGAGCUCUUGCUGCUGAGUUAUUGCGAUUGCAUAGGGAGCGUUGCUCGUUUUGCUGAUGUUGUGCUUACACUUACCGGUUCUCUCGAGAUCCCUUCUUGUAAAUACUACUCCUGCUGGAAUCUCUCCGCCUUGUAUAGCUGCUUGUGCAUAUCUCAGAGACCAGAUACUGUUCUUAAUUUCUAGCUGCUUCGUUGUUCUUUUAGUCGAACCUAGGUUUUUUUGCCACUUGCUGCCAUUUAAUUGAGUACGUACAUC